GGGAGGGAAGAAAACAUUUAUGAAGGAAGCAGUGUUAGCUCACAGAAAAAGGUGGUCUGGUAUGGCUAGCUUGUUGUGGCUAUUGCAAUCUGACCUGACGGAAGUUCUGUUAGCUUUAGUACCGUACAAAAGAAUUAUACCACUAUCCAUACUUAAUACAUUACUUGUUUUUAGUUUCUAGAUCAAUUGACGUAAUUAAUUUCAAAAGAUAAGGCGUGGGAGAGGAGCACUCAAGGAUUCUUCACUCUUGGGUCACAGCAUUAGUCCCUUGGCUUGGAAAUGGCAUCUCAGCUCAAGUUCUUUUCCCGAAGGUCUCCUGUGGUUUGUACUCAUGGCUGUGUCGCAUCAAGUCAGAUGCUUGCUACAAAUAUUGGUCUUGAUACUUUAAAGAAUGGUGGGAAGGCAGUAGAUGCUGCUGGGGCUGUAGCUGCUGCCCUCAGCGUCACUGAACCUGUCAGCAGUGGCAUAGGUGGAGAUUGCUACUGUGAUGCAGACACAAAGCACGUGCGUGGUCUUAACGGAAGUGGCAGGUCUCCAAGGGCACUGACUGUUGAACUCUUGAAAGAACAAGGGUUUGAUGAAGCAAAUCCUCUUCCUCCACUUCAUGCCCGUAAUAUCACAGUGCCUGGUGCAGCAGCUUGCUGGUAUGAUGCCGUUUCUCUAUACGGAAGUAAAAAGCUCUCUAUCGGACAGCUGCUACAGCCUGCUAUUGAACUAGCUGAACAAGGUUUUCCUGUGGCAGAGAUUACUGCCUAUCACUGGAAAUGUGAUGCUCAUAUUCUCCAGUCACUUGGAAACAAGCAUGGGAAGGAGUUGCUCAUUGAUGGCCAAGCACCACUGCAUGGGCAGGUUUUCUCCAAUCCCUUUUUGGCCAGCACUUUUAAGGAGCUGGCAGGAUCUGGCAAGAAGGGGUUUUAUGAAGGUCGGAUUGCAGCUGCUAUUGUAGAAACAGUUCAGAGACGCGGAGGAGUGAUGGAUUUAGAAGAUAUCAAAAGCCACACCACCGAUGAGGACAAACCAAUUUUCACAAAUUACAGGGGUGUGAAUGUUUGGGAAACACCUCCAAACGGACAAGGAAUCACAGCUUUGAUGACCCUAAACAUUUUGGAAAAUGUUGAUGUUAAAGAGAUGGGUCAUAAUACAGCUGACUCCUUGCACGUGCUGAUUGAGGCCAUGAAACUCAGCUUCACUGAUGCUUUCUCAUUCUGUGCAGGCCCUGAUGAAGCUCUGGUACCUACAAAAGAACUUCUGUCCAAAACCUAUGCUAAAGAGCGUUCUCGACUAAUAAAUUUACAAAGAGCCAGUGACAAAUUUAGUUCCGAAAAUGUUUUGCCAUUAGGAACAGAUACAGUCUCCUUCAUUGUGGUGGAUCCUCGAGGCAACGCCUGUUCUUUCAUCAAUAGCAACUACAUGGGCUUUGGUCCAGGACUGGUACCAGAUGGCUGUGGAUUUACUUUACACAAUAGGGGAGCUAAUUUUUCCCUCUCUAGCAGCCACCUAAACUGUCUUGCACCAGGGAAACGUCCGUAUCACACUAUCAUGCCUGCCCUAGCGACCGCUGCAGACAGCGAGGAACUUCUGUGCUCCUUCGGAGUGAUGGGAGGGUUCACGCAACCCCAAGGACAUGCGCAGGUGCUGCUAAAUAUGUUGGUGUUUGGGAUGAAUCCUCAACAAGCCUUAGAUGCAGCCCGGUUUUGCUUGAACUAUUCCAAGGAAGAAGGCAGGUGGCAUCUGUCACUUGAAGACGGUGUUUCACGAGCUGUUGCAGAAGAAGACUUGAGAGCCAGAGGUCACUGGAGCCGGUGGCCCAUCAGUGGGCACAACAGGAGCCUGUUUGGUUGUGGCCAGAUUAUCGCUAAAGGGGACUGGUGGCAAUCUUGGGGCUCUGCGUCCUCCAAGCACUUGCAGACCGUGCUGUGGGCAGGAUCUGACCCCCGAGGAGAUGGCUGCGCAAUGGGGUACUAGCCUGGAACGAACAUGUGUGUAAUGCUGCAACGUUAAUUUUCCUGUGUUGGUACACUGAUGACAUUAAUACGUAGUUGCAAUUAUAGUUCAAAAGAAUAUAAAAUUCCUUCUAAUUCAGGGACCAGGUCAUUUCCCAUCCUCCAAACCAAAGUGUAGUUCGUAGGAGUGGCACUGCAUGUGUGACUUAGAAGGUUCUGGUGGCAGGAGUAGCAGCACUAGAGCACCCUGUGUAGUACAGGUACCAUCUAUUCCCUUAAGAAAGAGACGUGACUAAGAAUGAGUGGGGAAAAACAAAAUCAGGUGUUAAGUGUUCCUUUUCUUCUACUUUUCUCCAUUACAUGCUGCUCAGAUUAAAAAGGAUCUUUUCUAUUCUGAUUUUUCUUUGGUAGUUUUUUAAAUUAGUUUUGAUUAAUGUUGUGUUGCUACAUUCAUACAGCGUUUCUGAGGUGUUGAUGCGCCUGGCAGAGGAACAUCACUGCGAGAGGAGCUGGCUAUAUGAUUGACAGCUGUUUUAAGGAUCAGCUUGCAGUAAAAAUAUAGUGCACUGAGUGUAUACGGUUAAAUGAACUUCAGUGUUGUGAUUUAAUGCUUAAUGAAAGGGUGGGAGUACAGUGUAAAAAAAAUAAUCUUGCAAGGGUCUUGUGCUUGCGUCUGAUUUGUUCUUCUGCUUGCAAUGUGUGCUGUCCAAUGAGUACUGAUCCUGAAAUAUUUGCAGGCAAGUGGUGUGCAAUAUCCAUCGUAAAUCCAUCACGAUAAUAUGAAAGAUUUGUCAAUUCUAACGCUAAACUUCACACGUGACUGCUAUUCAAUCAACACACUGACUGUUCCUAACCAAGCAGUAGUUGUGGGAUUAUUCAGCAAAAAUAAUUUUGAAAGUUUUUAACUGGCAUGAGUUUAACUAAUGGCUAAUUCCAGAGAUGAGACUGCAUGAACAGUGCACAGAGCAUAUGCUAGUGAAACGAAAUGGGCAAUUGGACUGGAUUUUUUCAUGUUUUUUUUUUGUUUGUGUGGGCUUUUUGUUUGUUUGUUUGUGUGUGUGUGUGUGUGUGUGUUUGUUUAGCCUACGGAUGUAAAAUCUUUGCUAUGAUAGAGGUCUUCUGUCUUUACUAGAUAAGAGGCUUAAUGACUGACUUUUGCACCACGAGAGCCAAUUGAAGACAUCCAAUUCUGACAUGUCAGUUUUUUGCUCCAGGUUCAUUGACAUGUCGGAACUGGAUGUCUUUUAUUGGAUGUCCGUUUUAGGCAUAUUGCUGCAUAUGGAGGGGCACAAAAGUUGCAUGCUUUAAGCCUAGAAACAGCCUCUCCAUCAUGGUGUUCUGGGCAGAGAUAUGUACGCUAGGAUAAUGCCAGUCUUCUGAUUUGUACCGCCGCUGCACAUAGUAUAGAACAGGGUAUGCUUAUAGUGCAGGGAUGGUAAUGCUUUCUGCUUGUGCUCCUUUUCCAAAGAUAUAAAAAUGUUAGGGAGAGAAUACAAAUAUAGAAUGUAAGUCUGUGUAAAUAUUACAGUUCAGGAGAAACAAACUUCAGCUGGUUGUUUUUUAUAGCCGAAGCUUGACUCGCAGGGCUGUGACAGAAAUAGGAAUGGAUGUUUUUCCCCAGUGUCCUACUUUUAUCAUAACAACGUUGUUGCAAGGAGUAAUGAAUGUGGACAAUGUCAUGGUUUUUAAAUGCCACUAAAGAACAGGUUCUUGAAGUGGUUUAUUUGUUUGUUGAAUGAGGUUACAGUAGUGCUGCGAGUCCCAAGGCAAUAAUAGUUGCUCUUAAAUUAGGAUUAUGGGCUCUUCUGUAGCGAGAAGAACUUCCAUAGACUCAUUUAGUGGUGUCUGUGCCAUUGAUUGCACACGCUUGUGCAUCUCCAAGCUGGUUGGUUUAGUGUCAAAACUACUUUUGUUGUAUCAUUGCUGACCACUUCGUGGGUCAACAAAAUUACUAAUAAAUUAAAUUUUCCCUGUAUGUGUUCGUGUGGUAGUUUUGUGUGGUGUUGUAUGAGAGCGUGAGCAGCAGAGCUCUGCCACUUGCUACAGGCUGGCUUCUGAGCGGUAGAAGAGCUUCAGUUUUCUGUCUUAGACUGAAGGCAGAGAGAGCAAGCAAGCACAUGGCUGUGUGUCACAGCUGUAGAAAGAGUGAUUUUGUAUUCAGUGAUCUGUGUCUUUGCGACAGGUGGUGGCCUCCUCCACAGAAGGAGAUAAUUAGUUCAUCCAAGGAACUGUCAUGUAAUUAGUAGAGGUAAUGUGGAAACUUUCUUCUGGCUGUGGGCAGGGGCCCAUGGGCACGUAAGACUUAAGGGGAGCAGUUUCCUAUUGUGACUGUCUAGGUGGGGUUUGCCGAUUGACAUGCCCCUGUGGGGUGGAGUGGCCGAGGCCAAUUAUAGCUACAGCAUUGUGUUUUUGUGGAUUAUGCCUGGAAAACAUGAGCAAUGCAUCAUUGGGACGCUGAGGAGUGGAUGGUAGACAUGCAUGGGUGUUUCUCCAUUCGAUUAAAGGGAAGUUGUGGGUGGAUUCCUGUUCCUGAGGUCACGGGGAGUUCUGUUCUGAACGACUGGCCAGGACGCUUCCCUUCGCUCACAGGUGGCUGCCUACUCGUCAUGCGUUCCCAGCACCUGUCUGAACUAGUGUUGGCCCCUGUAAGCAGUGACUUACCAAACAGUAGCAGAAGAACAAAUGAGAAUAAUUUAUAAGGGGAUACAGGUGUGGAAUCAUGACCUGUGUCGGUACACGUGCAUUGUGUCGCUCAGUUUUUCCAAAUUCAUCUCUGCAGUACGUGGCUACUAUUUUCCAGACAUUCAAAACCUGCCUGGACAGGGUCCUGGGCAAGCUGCUGUAGCUGACCCUGCUUGAGCAGGAGGGUUGGACCAGAUGAGCUCCAGAAGUGCCUUCUAACCUCAACCAUUCUGUAGUUCUGUCUCACCUUCAGAUGCCAUCCGGUUACCACAUCCUGUCAGCGCUUCCACGGGAGGUACUGCACCCCCAUCAACCCUUUCCUAAUGGUGGGUGGGACCAGAAGCUUUACAAGAAAGUGCAAUAAAAGCUAAAGUAAGAAAAUUUCUAGUUAGAAAUUGUACAAUCGGGUAUCCAAAGGGCAAUGAUAUUUGUAAACACAGUUGGUUAGCAUCUGGCUAGUUUUUACGAUGUAAGAAAUUUUUAUUUGCUUCAAGGUUUUCCUGUUUGAAUUGUUUUUAAGGUAAUUGGAAGGAAUUCAUCUGUCGUGUGACGAUUUCAAUUGUGUCUCUUGAUGACUAUUGUAUCUUUUAGCAGGCAAGGUCUAGGUCUUGCAGUAAGGCUGUGUAAAGCAGCAGGACUGACCAUUUGGAGCAUAAGAAGAAACUUGCUUUUGAAAAGAAGCACGUGAUGCUUUUCAGGAAAGAAUGACAUCUUUCUACCUUCCUGCAGCUUAAAUUUAAGCGAGGAGAUUGCUUAGACUUAGUCAGAAAACAGUGAUGGCGGAGGAAGCAUCUGUUACAAACAUUUUAUUCCUUGUCUGCAUAUAAGCAAUGGAGAAGUCGGGGUGCGGAGGGAGUGAUAAAAUACUAAAAAGAUGAGCUACGGCUCAGGAUUAACACUGGGGAUUUAGGAUAGCUAGCCCAUAAAAUCUUAUUUCCAUGAAGGGGACAGCAGCCAGUCUAUGUCCUGUCCACAUGCGAAAGAACUAAGGAAGGAGGGUCCUGGGGCUUCCUUGGAUCACAAGAGCCUUGCAGCAUGCCCACGCGACAAGCUCCAGCACAGCAGCCCACCAAGUCUCCAGCAAGGGAAGCUGAGCCUAGUCUGUGCGACUCUGUUCUUGACAUCAUGCUGACUCUGCAAUGGCGGGUCUGUCUGACCACUUCUCUGUUUGUUUUGCAGGCUAUUUUUUUUUUUGGUCUGUGAUCGUACUUAAUUUUCUUUUUAACAGGGAGCAUGGGUGUUGCCAGCAUUACUGUGGGCAUUAAAUUACACUGGUAGAGUUCAGAGGUCCCCUUUGUUUGUAUGGUACUUUUCUUUGCUGCUGUUUUUUAGGACUCGGUUUCUUCUGUUAAUUCUGACUCAUCACUUAGGAGAGUCUUGAUUAGAGCAGAGGUGCUAGAUGUGGUUGCAGUUGGAGGAGCAGGGGCAGAAGGUUGGAGAAUGCACAGCUUUUCCAAGCUUGGAGGUACAGAGAGCUCUUCAGAUAUUUAUGAGCUAUCCCACUUUUUGGCAUCAGGAAACACUAGUCUCUUUCUGACAGCUCUAUUUUGUGAAAGGAGCAGGCUUCCCCACGCCCGUUGCAAGCAAGAGUCAAAGCAACAGUGACUAGUUAAGUUUUUUGUUUUUUAAUAGAGGAGAUGCAGGAUCCUGGGCCCCGUGGGAAAUUAGGCUUGUUUCUAGGUACUUCAUCCAUUGGGCGAGGCACCUAACUUUAGCCACAGUUCUCUGUGGAGUGAAGGGUCAGUGUCCUGCCCCGUGUAGCACUGUGUCCUGCUGACAGACUUCAUCCUGGAAAACAGAUGAGUCAGGGAUGAAGGCAGUUGCUGUAAUCGCUUUGUAAAUCAGCCCUUCUCCCAGGAAAGGUUUUGGAAGUCUCUCACAGUGCUGUACCUUACAAUAUGCUAUGAGGACUGCUUCACUGUAAAACAGGUCCAGGAUUGUUGAGGAACAAGAGGAUGCUUCACUGCCCCUUUUGUACGUCCUGCACUUACUGUGCCACACUGCAGUAGGUGCUUCUCAGCCAAAGCUGAAGAUUAGUCUAAAGUUAGGCUUUAGCCUAGAAUUAGACUUUUAUUAUUGUCUCCGUUAUCACUGGGUAAUAGGUUGCCUUUUAAUGUGUGUUCUUUCUUCAGGGCAGACAUCAGAGCUACAGGAAUAGUCCUAUAAGAGAGGAAUGGUGGUUUCUCGUGGGGAGUUGGGAAGCACCUGUGAGUGAGUACUAAUUCCAGCCGCGGUGUUCAUUGGGCUCCACAGCGACUGCUGUGGGUGCGUUGGCCGUGAGGACUGUGGGAAGAGCUGUAU